AUGCUGAUCACGCUGUGCUACCUGUACCUGUGGGCGCGCUGGGGGCCGCGCUCGGCCGCGCUGGUCCGCAGCACCGUGCGGAGGCUGCACCGCUCCCGCUGCUCCUUCACCUUCUGCGCCCGCCAGCCGCAGCCCGGGGAGCGCGUGUGCCUCCGCAGCGGAAAGGUGUUCUGCACCGGCGAGGCGCAGUUCCUUGAUGACUUAAACAGGUGGAGUGUGCUUCUCAUCUCUCCCUUCCUUCACCCCGAGAAGCUGCUGCCAGCAGAGCACAUCGCCUUUGUGACAGAAAGCGUUUCUGCUCACACAGAGAGCUUGCAGAGAGCCCCUGACUCUUCAGUGGAGAUUGUGAAGUGGUCAGACUUUUGUUCACCCUUGGCCUAUAAACCUGGUGAACCUUUUAAGUUAAUUGCUGAAGCCAGUGUAGAUAAUUUCAGUAGCCUUGGAAUAGCCUUCCUGGAAGACAGGCUGCAGAUGGAGAACGGGAUGGUGCCGCACAGGAUCGUCUCUGUCCAUUUAAAGGAAUCUACUCUGAAGGAGCUGGCAAAGGAGGCGCCGUCGGUGAAGGAGGAAAGCUCAGGCAUGGAUGCAGUAACUCCUGCUGGGAAGCCAGGAUCAGGACAGAGCGAGGAGGAGAAAUCCAAGCUGGAAGAAGAAAGGGAGCAGGAGGAGACAGGGGCCGAGGAACAUCUCCACUUGCACAUCUCCAGCUGCCACGAGUGCCUGCAGCUGGAAAACAGCACCAUCGAAUCGGUGAAAUUCGCCUCCGCGGAGAACAUUCCGGAGCUUCCCGACGACCGCAGCGGCAGACCGCGGGAGAAGGAGGACGAGCGUCUGGAGAAAGGAGUGAGGGGAGCAAACCUCGCUGGGAAGCCCCCUAAUAUAUUGAUUUACGUGGGCUCUGAGCCUGCCCAAGCCAGGUUCGAGCGGGUGAGCUCGGUGCUGGGGGAGUGCGUGGACGCGGAGCGCUACGCCAUCUACCAGCUGCGCCAGGAGCAGGUGCUCAGGGACCCCUGGGCUGACAACGCCCUGCUGCUGGUCAUUGCCACGGAGGAGCCCAUUCCUGAGGGCAGCCACAAGCAGUUCAUGACGUUUCUGUCCAAGGGGGGGAAGAUCCUUGGCUUUUCUUCGUCCUUCGCCUUCGGGGGCGUGCGGGUAAAGCGCAAGAGCGAGCUGAGGAAGGCCGUGCGGGAGCUGGUGGUCUCUAGGAAGGACGGGCCCGAGGUGAAGCUGAACCUCCUGGUCAGCGGCUGUGUUUUUGAGGAAGGGCUGAAGGGAGAUGCCAGCAGAGUGAAGGUGUGGAGCCGAUUAAAUAACGGCGAUAAAGAGCCGGUUAUCGUGCAUCUGACUCACGGGAGCGGCGGGGGAGAAGCCAUCCUUUCCCAGGCCCAUUUGGAGCUGGACAGCAGCUGCGUGGAGGUGCAGACCGAAGAGGAUUUUAAUUUGCUCAAGAUGAGCAAUUCCAAGAGAUACGAAGUUCUCAAGGAGAUGCUGACGUGCCUUGGGCUGAGCUGUGAAUUGAGAGGAGUUCCUGUGCUCACACCCAUUUAUCUGCUCUCUCCAGAUGAGGAUAAAUCACCACCUCGCGGACCUCUGAUUUAUCAGCCUUUUGGUGAAGCGUUACGUGGUGAUGUCGUGUCAAAGGUGGACCUUGUUCCUCUGGGUCCUUUCCCCUCAAAACCAGAUUUAUGGGGCUGCUACCGAACUGUAAAUUGUGUUUUUAGCAGAGAGCUCGAGUAG